UCUGAGCGCAGGGUUGUUGCAUCCCUGCCGCGGUUGCAAUCGAAGCGACCUGCCUUUACCGGUUCGAGGUGUGGGAUGCGUAGGAGCCAAGAUGUUGGCAUAUCAGCGUCUGACGCACCGGGAAAGUUACUUGAAAAUCUCUGCUUGAGCGCCCUGGCGCGACGAUGGGUGAUGCUAUAAGAGUAUUUGGAUCGCCGCUGCUUGUGAGAGUGUGCAGACCGGAUUGGGGAUCCUGAGUUUCUUACCUCCAGACUCCCUCACCUUGGCAUAGCUACGCAGUUUGCCACAGUCCAUCCUCAGUAUGCCCAAUCGUCAUGUUAUUGGUGCUGGAGAGGCCGAGAAGGGAUACAGUCAUGCUCAGUAUGGCUAUGACAAGCAGACAACGACCACUGAAGGGCCUUUUGUGCACGGCGCUGCUACGAUCGGAGAAGCUACCGGACGAGGAGGCGACACACACCGUGGACUGAAGAGUCGACACAUCCAGUUCUUAGCCCUUGGAGGUGCCAUCGGUACAGGUCUCUUCGUCGGAUCCGGUGCGAUCCUUGCCCUGGUCGGCCCCGCGCCGCUGUUCAUGGCUUACUUAUCUAUGAUGAUCGUCGUCUGGAAUGUCAUGAACAACUUGGCUGAAAUCGUAACUUAUCUGCCCAUGAAGGGUAUCACCAUCCCCUACUUCGUCAAGCGCUUCGUAGACCCCUCGUUGGCCUUCGCCGCCGGCUGGAACUAUUGGUACGCGUACAGCAUUUUGAUCGCAGCUGAAGCGACUGCCGGCGCUAUUCUUUUGGAUUACUGGGAGACGCCUGUUCACAGCGCAGUCUGGAUCACUAUCUUCCUCGUCCUCGUCUUGUUUUUGAACAUCGUUGCUGUUGGCAUCUUUGGUGAGGCUGAGUUUUGGUUCGCUUCUAUCAAGUUCAUUACAAUUAUAGGUCUGAUCAUCGUUGGUUUUACGAUCAUGCUGGGUGGAAGUCCCAAUGGUCAAGGCCGCCUUGGCUUCAGAUACUGGAACAAUCCUGGAGCGUUUAAGCCGUAUCUUGUUGAAGGGCAUGCUGGCAAUUUUCUGGCAUUCUGGACCGCGUUUGUCCGCGCUGGAUUUGCCUUCAUCACUUCUCCUGAACUCAUUGCACUCAGCGCUGGAGAGACCAUCGCACCUCGACGCAAUAUCCCGAAGGCAGCCGGUCGUUUCAUCUAUCGUUUGGCCAUUUUUUACGGAUUCGGAUCCUUCAUCAUUGGUGUCAUCGUUCCUUCGGACAAUGAGCAGCUCCUCAGCCCGAACUCGAAUGCUUCUGCAUCGCCGUUCGUCAUCGGUAUUCAGAGGGCUGGGAUUGGUGGCUUGAACCAUGCCAUCAAUGCCGCAGUGCUGACAUCCGCUUGGUCAGCUGGAAACGCUUUUCUCUUCUCUGGCUCUCGUGUACUAUACGGUAUGGCGUUGAAUGGUGACGCUCCAAAAUUCUUCGGCAAGACGAACAAGAAUGGUGUGCCUUGGGUCGCAGUCCUUGCGACCUGGUCCAUCGGUUUCCUUGCGUACCUCAACGUUUCCAGCACCGGUGCCCAGGUGUUCACUUGGUUCUCCAACAUCUCCACCAUUUCUGGAUUUAUUGCUUGGAUCGUUGUUAUGAUCACCUACAUCCGCUUCCGCAAAGCCAUGAUUUAUAACAACAUGCUUGACCAGCUGCCCUACCGCACGAAAUUCCAGCCUUACUUUGUCUGGGUAGUACUCUGCGUCGUUACGCUUCUGACCAUCACCAACGGCUUUGGCGUCUUCACAAACGCAAGAUGGAACGUUUCUGAUUUCCUGGCAGCAUACAUCACACUUCCUAUUUUCCUCGCCCUGUACUUUGGUCACAAGAUAUGGUACCGAACGGCUUUUUACAUCAAAGUCCAAAACAUUGAUGUUAUAAGCGGCAAGAGAGAGAUGGACGAGCUGUGUGCGAACGAUAUCUCUGGGGCGCCUGUGCCGAAGAACGUAUUGCAGAAGAUCUGGUUCUGGAUCGCUUAGGCAGUUACUAUGCUCGCAAGCAGUCAAGUACAAGUCGAAUUUAUGACACAGAUAAUGUGAUAUAAAGUCAUCUGAUUCAACAGUGUACCGUAAGUCUGUGAUGAAUCUCUUCACGUGCCGAGCCAUGCUAUUCGUUGUGUUGUUGUAGCUGCUGCCUACGUCUACUUUUGACUAGCAUAAUCGAAUGAACUGCUUAGCGGAUGCGGAU